AAGAGAUAAAUAAUGGUGCAUCUAUUGGCCACAUUCAGCACGAUGGAUCCUUUUGAAACACGACUCUUGGUUAGUAGUUGCAUGGAUGCAUUUCAGUGUGGAUGAAAAUUGCGUUAAUAAUGAACGUGUUGGUCGUUAUUCUUCUCUUGUUCCAGGGUAUCCAAUCAGCGCCAUGGUCUCCAUCUUGCCCUCACGAGUGCUGGUGCCACGACUCGUACUUGUCCAGCAUCGUUGAUGGAUGGCAUCCACUCAACCAGACACAGCAAGAUGCAGCCAAUCUCAGCAACAGCACGUCUAAUGAUGACAUUCUAUUCCGUGCCGCAAUUUGUGUUCAACAGCACGAUACGGAAAUCAAAACCCUCCUGGACCGUUUGCCCUCUCAAGCUGAAGCUAUGAAGAUCAUUCAAGCAUCGGACGCCCCGGAAAUUCGCUUGACAUUGAAUCAUUUGACGAAAUUCAUUAACCUGCGAGCGUUGAGCCUCGAAGGAGCCGAGUCCAAUGAUAUCAGCAGCUCACCAAACAUCAUAUUACAUUCAGACAGUUUACGCCCGUUGACUCAACUCCAAUACUUGAGUCUUGUAAAUCUGGAACUGCUGGACGAUCCAUCGCCAGACGAAGUCACGUUGUUCUUAAUGGCCGACAGGGAAGAGCCGUCUGCUACUCCCCAGAUAACCUAUCACAAUGUCCCCAAACAAGAAGAAGCAAUCCUACCGUAUGAGGAGUUUAAAAAGCAGCAACUCGAAUCCCAAAACGAACCAUGGAACGGUUUCUCUAUGCUGAAAAAUCUCGAGUACUUACUCAUCGUCGGUUGCCAGUUACCAGAAGCUUUCAGUCGAGGUCACUCGGGGGCUUUCACGAGUCUCAGGCAUUUGAAAGAGUUGACUAUUCGUUCCAGUCAAAUGCGCGUCCGUCUAGAAAUGGAACCUGGAGACCUGAUGGAGAUAGAAUCUCUUUCUCUGGCUGAUAACGAAUUGCUCGAGAUCGAACCUGGAGAUUUGCAGGGGAUGGGUGCCCUCCACAAUCUCGAUUUGUCGGGGAAUCAGUUGACGCAUCUCACCGAAAACUCUUUCCCCUUCUUACCCGAUUUAGAAUGGCUGGAUUUAAGCGCAAAUCCUCUGCGAGUUAUCUAUCCCAAUACUUUUUCCAACAUUUCAUCCAUUCGACGUCUUUUGCUUGGCUCUUUUCGUUGGAGGGAUGAAGGCAUAACGGAAGAGCCCAUCGAUGGAAUCGAAGUGGUUUCCGUGGAAUUUGGUCCCGAUAGCUUCAACGGCCUCGUGAAAUUGCAAGAGCUUUGGAUCAGUCAGGGUCAUCCGGAAGGAAACAAAGGCCUCCAUCCAAACUAUUUCAAAGAUUUGAGUUCCCUCUCCGAGUUGCACAUCCGAGGACGUUUAAUAUCGAUCGAGGCCGAUGCAUUUGCAGCCAACAGACGUCUGCAAAAUCUCGACUUGAGAAAAUGUCAAAUACGACGUUUGAGCGUCGACGCUUUUCAAUCAUUGCGCAAACUGCGUUCGCUGGACUUGUCGUUCAACGAGCUCACCCAAUUGCCACCGGGUGUCUUCGAUCCAGUCAGCUCUUCUCUGAAAGAGUUGUGGCUCAACGGCAACAGGCUGACGGGCGUCCCGGCCGACAUCUUCUCGGCACUAACGACGACGACCAAGUUGAUCCGGCUGGAAGGCAAUCCGUGGCACUGUACUUGUCAACUAAAUCAAUUGAGAGCGACGGCUGUUAACAAGAUCAAAAUCUGGGAUGCGUUGGCCAAUCGAACCGGAUACCAGUACGACAGGAAGGUGGCCCCUUUAUGCGCAUCGCCCAAAGCAUUGAAAGGAGCAGCUCUCUUUGACGUCAUGCAAAAACCGUUGAGAUGCAACAAAAUAGAUCGACUUGCCAGUGGCCGUAUAGAUAAGACGGCCGCAUAUGGAGAUGACAUCUGGAACGAGCCUCAGCUGAUUGAAGAAGAUGAGACGGUCGACCACGGAGCAGAGGCGGCAGAUGACCAGCAACAUUCUGAAUCGUUGGCCGGCAAAGUUUCAUCGAUGCUGCAGUUGGAUCAAGCCGACAUUAUCGAUCACGGCGAAGAGGUCGUCGAAUCCACUACCCGUUUGUCGUUUGAGACGCCAAGUGUUUUGUCCAAACAAGUCAAUGAUGUUUUGUCUGUAUCCUCAAACAAUUAUCCCCAAGGAUUGGGUCCCUUUUUCCAAAAGAAUGCUCCCUCCGUGACGCUGUCCAAAAAAUCGAUAAAGUUGAGAAUGGAGCAAGAGAUGAAAAAUCUUGUCAAGAAAAAAUAUCUACCAAACCUGUAAUCAAUAACGGUAGAAAAAUAUGUUGUUACUCUAACGGGAUCAAGUAGUUGAUGGUACUCUAUAUCACGUUCGAAAAAACAAGAAUACACUUAGCGACAGACGUAA